AUGAUGAAGAAUUUGUCAAUGGUGUCUGGCCAACCUAGUUCAGGAGAUACUAAGAAUAAUGGCAAUAGCUACGAUCUUGUAUUUCCAGCUUUGCCAGUUCCGAAGACAUCGAAUACUAUUGGGACUGUACCAUUUAAAAAACGGAGUAAUGUUAAAUCUUCAACGGUGAACGAAAUAAUUACAAUACCUGCCCAAGAUAGAAAUUGGGACAGAAAUAGUCAAUUAGAACAAGAAAAAUGUAAGGAAGUAUACAUAAAAAUUGGGAAAGAGUAUAAUGUAGGAAUGGAGAUUUUUAUUUCAAAAACUAUGGACCUGACUUUACUAAUCAGCGGCAAUAGAGUUAAUGUUGAACGAACAAAACAAAAGAUUAUCGCAUGCGACCAAACUCAAAUUAAAACUACUACUACACAGUUUCCAAAAGAACAUCGAAAUAAGUUAUUGGGCAAACAAGGACUUAAUCUUAAAAGUAUCGAAAAACGUACAGGAGCAUGUGUUCAAAUACCGUGUAUGAAAAAUUCGUCUGACAUAAUUUAUAUAACUGGCACAAAGGAUUCCACGAAAAAAGUAGUUCAAAAUGGUUGGAAUGAACAGGUUGGAGAAAAAUUGGCAAAACAGAUAAUGUCUAUUUUUGAAAUGAAGGAAAUUAUAUUUAAGUUGAAAAGUAAAAUUGAAAAAGAAAUAACAAUUGAUCAACGUCAUCACGGAGCGAUAAUUGGAGUUAAGGGUGAAAAAGUUCGAGAACUUCAGAAAAUAUUUAAUGUUCAAAUUCUAUUCCCCAGUCCAGUCGAGGCUAGAAAUAAUUUAGUUAAAAUACGAGGUUUGAAAGAUGAUGUAAGUAAAGCAUUUAAAUCAUUAGCUGAAUUGGCCGAAGUAUUGGAUGAAACUAACUAUGUGUUAGAAAUUCCUAUUUUUAAACAAUUUCACAAAUUUAGUGCUGGAAAGAGAGCAGUAUUUAUUAAAAAGAUUAGAGAAGAGACUGAUACAAGAAUUUUUUUACCACGUGAAGGAGACAAUAGUGAUGUUAUUAAAGUCAUGGGAAGUAAAAGAAAAGUUUUAAUCGCUUAUGAUAUGAUUAAAGAAAUACAAAAUGAAAUAGGAGAUAUAAUAACAAAGGAAAUGGUGUUGAGAAAUGUUCAAGUUAGAAAUGCCAUUGUAAAUCUUGGGAAUAAAUUCAUUCAAUCUAUAAAAGAAGAUUGUGGUAGUAAUGUGACAUUGAAUUUACCAACUGUUAAAGGAGAUAAUACUAUAGUUAUCAAAGGACCUGAAGAUGAUGUUAAAAAUGUUAUUACACAAAUUCAGACAAUGGUUGACGAAGUUCAUAAAUAUGUGUAUGAUUUAAAAGUAAAUCCGAAGUUUCAUAAAUAUUUAAUUGGAACAAAUGGAGUCAAUGUUAAAAAGAUCAGAUAUUUAACGAAUACAAGAAUAAUUUUCCCGCCUGAAACUGAUUCCACUAAUGAAAAUAUAAUUAUUGUUGGUAAAAAAGAGAAUGUUAAUAAAGCAAAAGCAAAAUUUGAAGUUAUGAUAACCGAUAUUGGUAAUGUCAUCGAAGAACAUGUUGAAAUCAAUAAAAAAUAUCAUGACACUUUAGUGGUCAAUCAAAAAGAAUGUUUACACAAAUUGGAAAAAGAAUGUGGCGAUAUUAAAAUUGAAUUUCCUAAUCUUUGUGCUGGAGAUAGAGUUGUGAUCAGUGAUAGCAAAGCAGAUGCUACCCUUUCUAAACAAAAACUUUUAGACUAUGCUAAAGUUUUGGAAAAUACUAUUCGAGUUGUAGUAAAUGUUGAUCCAAAGCAUAAGCGUGCACACGGGUAUCAUAAUUACUUUGUUGCAAGACGUGGUGAAAUUAUCAAUCGAAUUAUUAAUGAUUGUAAUGUGUCUAUAACAUUUCCGAAAAUAGCUUAUAGUAAUAGUGCUAUCAUCAUAAAAGGUGACAAAAUAAAUGUUGUAGAGGCGAAACAUAAGAUUGAAGAAAUUGUUAAAGACUUGGAAAACAUAAUUGAAGUCACUAUGAACGUUCCUCCAAAAUAUCAUCAUCAUUUUGUUGCCUACCACGCUGAAGUAAUAAACCAGAUAUGUGGGAAACAUAAUGAAGUUACUGUUACAUUUCCACAAGUUAAUUUCAAUUCUAGUAAAGUUUUGAUUAAAGGGCACAAGGAUUGUGUUGAAAAAGUCAAAAAUGAAAUCGAUAAUAUUAUUAUUGACUUGCGGCGUAGCAGUUGUGCAGUAGGUACGACGCACCAAGGCCUUCGUGAUUUGAGGCCCUCAAUUCAAAAGAAAAUUGAUAUGAACAAAAAUAGAAGCUUGCAUUAA